AUGACGGGACACUGUGCCACAGCAUCCAGUACAGAUCUGGAGAGAAACGAGGUGCUGGAUGUGAACGACCACUCUCCCAACUUCUCAACGAAGGAGUCACGUCUCGAAAUUUCCGAGUCAGUUUUACCAGGCUUGCGCCUCCAGCUACAAGCAGCACACGACCCCGAUGUUGAUCCAAAUACAGGUGAAAUUAUUGUUCAAGAUCUGAUAGACUUUGAGUUAGAGGAAAGUUAUGAAAUUGAUAUAGAGGCGUCUGAUAGAGGAUCGGCUCCUCUGAGGACAGACAAAAGUGUGUUGGUGAAUAUAGUUGAUUUAAAUGAUAACACCCCACAUAUAGAGGUUACAUCAUUUUCAAGGGCAAUAACAGAGGAUGCCAGACUGGGAACCACUGUGGCAUUGAUCAGUGUUCUCGAUAAAGACUCUGGUCUUAACGGGAAAGUUCUUUGCUCUUUUAAUGAAGAUGUUCCUUUCACAUUAUUACCUUCAACACAAGACAACAUUUACUCUAUAGUCACGAAUUCGCCCCUGGAUAGAGAAAAACAGUCCACAUAUGAUGUUACAAUUGUUGCAAAAGAUGCAGGUGUGCCGUCGUUAUCUUCUGAAAAACGCAUUAGUAUUGUUGUAUCAGAUGUGAAUGAUAACAGUCCAGAGUUUUCAGCGAGUCCUUACACAUUUUAUGUUACUGAGAACAACUCUCCUGGAGCUUCACUGUUUUCUGUGAGGGCAUCAGACCGCGACGAGGGUGACAAUUCUCGUAUUUUGUAUGACAUUUUAAGAGACGGAAAAGAGAAUAACAAACUUCAAUCAUUUAGUCUCAACAUAAACUCUGAAAACGGAGACAUUUUGGCGCUAAAAAGUUUCGACUUUGAAACUCUGAAAACGUUCCAGUUCCAAGUUGUUGCCUCCGAUUCUGGAACUCCGUCACUGAGCAGCAACGUCACAGUGAACGUGUUCAUUCUGGAUCAGAACGACAACGCUCCAGUCAUCCUGUAUCCAGUCAGCUCUAACGGUUCUGCUGAAGGUGUGGAGGAGAUUCCCCGCAAUGUGAACGCAGGACACUUGGUGACUAAAGUCAGAGCCUAUGACGCUGAUAUAGGAUAUAACGGCUGGUUACUCUUUUCACUGCAGCAAGUCACUGACCACAGUCUCUUUGGUUUGGACCGCUAUACAGGACAGAUCAGAACACUUCGCUCCUUCACAGAGACAGACGAGGCUGAGCACAAACUGAUCAUACUGGUCAAAGACAAUGGGAACGUGUCGCUCUCAGCAACAGCUACUGUGGUGGUCAAACUUGUGGAGCCCAAAGAGGCUUUUGCAGCUUCUGAUGUUAAAAGUUCAGCAAAAGAUGAGGAGGGGACCGAUGUGACUUUUUAUCUGAUGAUAACUUUGGGCUCAGUUUCUGUACUUUUUCUCAUCAGUAUCAUUGUGCUGAUUGCAAUGCAGUGCUCUAAAACCACAGACUAUACUUCUAAAUAUCUGCAAGAGACUAAUUAUGACGGGACACUGUGCCACAGCAUCCAGUACAGAUCUGGAGAGAAACGGUACAUGUUAGUUGGACCCAGAAUGAGUAUAGGAUCUACUAUAGUCCCGGGCAGCCACGCGAAUACACUAGUGCUCCCUGACAGGAGGAGGGGAUCUGGAGAGGAGGUUACUGUCGCUGUCCUUGGUACUGAUUUAUUUUUCUCAUCAGCCGACGAUCAUUUGUGUAGGCGUCGUGUGCUUUACCAAUUGUUAAGAUGGAUGUUGCAUUGAAUGUCAGGGUGCUUUGGGAGAACAAAAUACACCGGAGACACAUACACCAUAUAUUGUAUAUCAGAACUGGAUAUUAGAGGAGCUAGGCCACAUAAAGGAACACUGAAUACCCGAGUGCUUGUGGACAAAUAUAUAUAAACUAGUGGGGUCUUUGAAUUUCUCUCA